AUGAUAUUGGUCUCAGGGCGGAUGAUCGUAUUCGAUAGUUCUCUGGAAUCCAGGGUCAAUUUCACACAAGGUUCUCAGCCGAACGAGGCUGAGCAUGGUGUUUCGUACGCAGCGUAUUUUCUGGUUGGGUCAUUCUGCUCUGACGGAGAGAUUCAUGUAGCUCAUAUGGCUCCGUGUCCUCUGCCAGUGACUGCCACUGAUUCGGCAGGUGAUACGCUUAGUAAAACGUUAGAUGAAGAAUGGAUUGCUGACAACGCUGAGAAAGUGACGAGGAUCUUACCUGGCGGUAAGCCGAUGGGCUUGGUCACGGAUGUGGUAAAUCGGGGUCCAGACUCGCCAACGAAAGUGUCCUUUUCUGUUGUGCGUAAAUUACUUGAUGUAAUUUCGUAUUUGAUGAUUUACAAGUUUCUUCAUUUAGAAUGGGUAUCAGCUGUGUCGAGUGCUUCUGCUAGAAUUUGUCUCAAUGUACCGACGAAGAUGAAACAACCACAUUUCUUCACAGAGUUCAUAGCAGCGAUUCGGCCUUUCACCGAGAACCUUUUCAACUGCUCUUUGGCUUUGAUCAAUGGUGAGAUACGAGAUGAAUCUGAACAAUUGUUUCAAGAUGUGAAAAAGAAAAAGGCAGACGCGGUAGAGGUGGAGUUGUUCGUCGAUGCGUGUGAGAAUAAAGGAAACACUUGUGAACCGCAAAGUGCGACAAACUUGCACGAAGUGUCUUUUGAUAUUGAGAUUCGUGCAGCAGUUCCAUUGAAAUCCAAGGUUAGUUUUGCAGUGGCUGCUGUUAAACAACAUCUGAUAAGAAGCCUAACAGCUCGAGCAGAACUGCAAUACGAGUCAAUGGAUGUCGUGGAAGAAGCUGCAGCCGGGCCGUGCUCCGUGCAUCAAAUGCCACGUCCAGCUACGACUGUGCUAGAUACCCAUCCUGCUAUACUGUUUUCGGACUAUUUAUUUGAAGCUGACACUGUUGAAGAUGCGCAAAGUAAUUUUGACGAGUUGCUCGGACUGAAAGCAAAUAAGGAACACAUUGAUGAAGGAUGGGAACGAUGCCUAGAAAUAAAUGAAAUGGAGGUGGUGCGUGCCCCACUUGACGACACUCCAACAGUCAACCUUAAACCAAAGGAUGGUGAUAUCGGCUCAAUACUCUCACUCCUGAUAGCCCUUUCUGUUAUUAUCGCAGUGGUAAGCAUCGUAGUCUACUUCGUCAUAGCGAGAUAA